GCUAAAACUCGUUUGGAACUUCUUCUCGAGCUCUGGUUCUCUAUGGGUGGCAUGGCUUAAGGGGAAUAUUUUCUCAAGGAAGAGCUUCUGGGUAACAAAGGUGGCCAAUCACUUUUCCAAAACAGUGAACAGCAUGCUUCAGCUUAAACCCACCAUCACAGAGUUCCUCAGAUGUGCGGUGGGAGAUGGGCGUGAUGCUUCUUUCUGGUAUGACUCGUGGACCGAGUUUGGUCAGCUCAUCACCUUCCUCGGGGAGACUGGUCCAAGGCAACUCAGAUUAGCGAAUGAUGCGCAUGUUCUAGAUGCUUCGAGAGAUGGAAAUUGGGCUUUACCGGCAGCUCGAUCAGAAAACUCUCAGGCCUUAUUGGUUGCCCUUACUGAAACUCCUGCACCAAAUGAUUGCAAUGGCCGAGACUCCUACUUCUGGCGUAAUGCUGCAGGUGACUACCGUCCCACCUUCUCCUCCAAAGAAACCUGGGAACAACUAAGGCUCCACUCUCCUGUAGUCCCUUGGGCUGACGUGGUAUGGUUUAAACAAAAUGUGCCCCGGUUCUCCUUUAUUAUCUGGUUGGCACUUUUGAAUCGGCUGCCUACGAGAGAUAGACUCAGAGGUUGGGGAAUGAGUGUCCCCACUGCUUGUGUUCUCUGCUCGAAUGGUACAGAAACCCAUGACCACCUUUUCUUCACUUGUCCUUUCUCCUCAGAGCUCUGGGGGUUCUUCGCUGCGAAACUCUUUCCCAGUCCUCCAACCGCUCUUCUAGCGUCCUCAGCUUGGAUCCUCACUCACAGUCAGCCGCACACCGUCAAAGCCACUGCUAUCGUCAAACUUCUCUUCCAAACGGUGGUCUACCAUCUCUGGAAGGAGAGGAAUGCGAGGAUCUUCUCAGCGUCUCAAUCCUCCGCAGUUACACUCCGCCGCUCUGUCGACCGCACAAUCUGAGACCGCCUCCUGUCUUUCCCAGGGUCCGAUUUGCACUCUCCCUCUCUCCUUGAAGUUUACUUUAGUCGUAUUUCUCAUCUUCUGUAAUUUUAAUUGUUCUUUUUUGCCUUUAGUUCCUGUGAUAAUGGGUUUUUUGU